AUGUUUGGCACUCUAGUUUGUGAUCUGCAGCACGAGCCUCUGACCUUUGUGGAAAACACAGAUCCUGCAUCGGCCUUGAGUAGAAAUCGACGAGAUAAGCCGCAUGCUUCGUGUGAACUGUGCCGAGCUCGCAAGAUCCGCUGCAGUGGACAGCGCUCUGGUUGCGACCGAUGCAUCGCCAUGUCAGUCGAAUGCAAGUACCGCGACCGCACUGGUCGCAGGAAACGCCAGGCCAGCAACGAUGGCACCCGUAGUGCCGCCAGCAGCAGCACCACUCCAGUCCCCGACACCAAGCAGCAAGACGAAAUUCCGCCCUUGGCGCCUCCUUUGGCCACGGCUGAAGCAAAUGCACGCGAGGACGGUGCCAAGGGCGGGUUGGGUGACUGGCAAAUGGACACUGACGAUUUGCUUGAGUCGAUGCUGUCCACCCAGCUGGGCACCCCCACCAACUCGGCAGACAUGACAGCUGAAAUCGCGUGGAAUUCCAUUCUCGGCGAAGACCACAGCACCUUGGCAGGCCCUGAAAGCGUCGACUUCACCACGUCGACCAGCAGCAUUGCCAGUCCGAGCAGCUUUGCACAACUCAUGGCGCCGCCAGUAGACCUGCAGUCGGCAUUGGCCAUGAGCGAAAAGCUGCAGCUCGAGGCACAGCAACCAGACGCCCUCAACUCUUCCCUGCUACAGCCCCCCACGGCCACUUUUGGCGACGACGGUCGGUGUCUGUGCAGGACAUUUACCGCCACGCUCUUUGAAGAGCUGUGCGCCGAGAGCGCCAACAGCAGCCAUGUGCCCAUCGACGUGUUGCUGCGGUAUUUUCGCGGAGCGCUUUCGCACUGCACCACAAUCCUCGACUGCGACCGGUGCAGCGCAUCGGCGUCGGAUAGCAACAGCAACAUGCUGCUGGUCAUGGCUGGCCAGUACAUGAGCACCAUCUGUGAGCGAAUCGCCGUGUGCUAUGCAAACAUCCGCAGGCGGGGUGAAGAGCGACAUCGCUCCAUCUCGGCUCCGCUGGACUGGGGCGCCGACAUGGAGUUUGGCCAUGGCUCGGGCUGGGACCCGUCAGGCGACGGCGUGGUGACGGAUGGAGACAUGUGGUUCUCAACGUACCGCAUCGAGAGCAGUGAGGAGCGCAUGUUGGUGUUGCGCUGUCUCGUCAGCGUCCAGCUAGCAGAGUUUGCGCGGCUGUUGGAGCGGCUGAAGAGCCGGGCGGGUAGUCGCAGCGUGUGCCUUGUCCUGUUGACGGACGCGGAGCGAAGAAUGGGGUCUGCCAAAUCCAUACUCAUGGAUUCGGCAAGCCCAUCGGCAACCAAGUCAUUUUAA